AGGAUUAGGGGGCGCGCCGUGGAGAUUCCCGUUGUCACAGUUGUGCGGCCCAGGCACCGCUGCUGUACGAGGGGAAGGCUGGACCCCAGAAUGAACGCACAUGUCACGGUACGUUUUGGACUCCCACGUUCCGUUCGUUCCACUGGAUAAAGCGCCUGCCUCGUGUCCAGAGACUCGGCCCCGGUUCGAAGGGACGACGCCUCCCGCCUCACGUACGCUCCCGUUCCGGCGUGUCCGGUUCCUCAUUUCCGAGGCCCCCGUGCCAGGCUUCAGUGACUGCUUCGUUACAGCACAUGAGGUCACUCUGAGUCGGUGACAAGCCUGGGGAAUCGCCAGUUCCGGGCCAUUUCUGAGCAGUAGAGGUUUCAAGUACCCUACUGAACAACCAGUUCCAAAUCCUGUCAUCAAAUCCUGUGCUGCUGUUCCAAGUGGUAAUAGAUGCUUAUUAUUUCGUUUUAAAAGAAAUGAGUAUAACUAGUAUUGCAUUAAGAGUUGAAACCUGGCUUUUAGCUACGUGGCAUGUUAAAGUACCUCUAAUGUGGCUGGAAGCUUGUAUUAACUGGAUCCAAGAAGAAAAUAAUGAUGUUAAUUUGAGUCAGGCACAAAUGAACAAACAAGUGUUUGAGCAAUGGCUCCUUACUGAUCUGAGAGAUUUGGAGCAUCCUCUUUUACCAGAGGGCAUUUUAGAAAUUCCAAAAGGAGAACUGAAUGGAUUUUAUGCUCUGCAGAUUAAUUCCUUGGUUGAUGUAAGUCAGCCUGCAUAUUCCCAGAUACAAAAGUUGAGAGGAAAGAAUGCAAUGAAUGAUUUAGUUACAGCUGAAACACAAGUAACCCCAAAACCUUGGGAAGCAAAGCCAUCACGAAUGUUAAUGUUACAGCUAACUGAUGGAAUUGUACAAAUGCAGGGAAUGGAAUAUCAGUCUAUUCCAGCUCUUCAUAGUGAUCUUCCUCCAGGUACGAAAAUUUUGAUUUAUGGAAAUAUAUCUUUCCGUCUUGGUGUCCUCUUAUUAAAACCAGAAAAUGUGAAGGUGUUGGGGGGUGAAGUAGAUGCUCUUUUAGAAGAAUAUGCCCAAGAAAAAGUGCUUGCAAGAUUAAUUGGUGAACCUGAUCCUGUAGUUUCAGUCAUACCAAAUAAUUCCAACCAAAAUAUCCCCAGAGUUACAGAUGUUCUAGAUCCUGCAUUAGGACCUUCUGAUGAAGAACUCUUGGCAAGUCUUGAUGAAAGUGAUGAGCUUGCAGCAAAUAAUGACACCUCCUUGGAAAGACAUUUCAACACAGGUAGUUUCUUAAAUGCUGUUCCCACAAGACAGUCAAAUUUUGAACCUGGAUUUGUUGUUUCUUCAAGACCAAAGGCAAAACCACCAAGCCAAUCUAUGAAUUUCACUGAGGGGGAAUUAGAUAACUUUUCAUUGGAGGAAGCCUUGCUUUUAGAAGAAACUGUCCAGAAAGAACAGAUGGAAACUGAAGAAUUGCACCCAUUGACAUUGUACAGGAACACAGAUAAAAUUAUGGUUUGUAAAAAUGGAAACAAUAAUUGGAAUGAAAAAAAUUUAUGUGAACAAAUGACUAGUGAAGACAAGUAUUUUGGUUGUUCAUCUGCUAGAGACCGAAACAGUAGUGUUUUUUCUGUUCAUCAUAAUAUACCCCUAACCUGUGAUUUUACAAAUAAAGAUAAGAGCUCAGAGACAGAUGAUAAAAUAAAACAGACCAUUAGCAGUUCAGAUAGACAUUCCUUAAAUAAUAAAGUAUUAAAUAGAGAGCUGGUCAACUGUGUACCAAAAAGGAGUUCACAGAUAUUUAAUGAAAAUGAUCACCGUUUACAGACUUGUUCUUUAAGAUUAUCAGACAAUAGCACUGAUCUUUCUAUUGCUGUGGAUUUGUAUUCUCCACCCUUUACCUAUUUAUCUGUUCUGAUGGCUAGCAAACCAAAGGAAGUUACAACAGUGAAAGUUAAAGCAUUUAUUGUAACUUUAACUGGGAAUCUCUCGAGUUCUGGUGGCAUUUGGAGUAUAACUGCAAAGAUUUCUGAUGGUACUGCAUAUCUAGAUGUAGACUUUGUAGAUGAAAUACUUACUAGUCUAAUAGGGUUUUCAGUACCAGAAAUGAAACAGUUAAAAAAGGAUCCUCUUCAGUACCAAAAGUUUCUGGAAGGUUUGCAGAAGUGUCAGAGAGAUCUAAUAGAUUUGUGCUGUCUAAUGACUAUUUCAUUUAAUCCUUCCUUGUCUAAAGCAGUUGUACUAGCAUUACAAGAUGUUAAUAUGGAACACCUUGAAAACCUAAAGAAGCGGUUGAAUAAAUAAUUUUCUAAAAUAGUAUUAGAGAACAAUUCAAUACAAGGACAUAUUUAGAAUUAAAUUUGUUCACAAUUUUACUUUUGAAGCUUUCUUUUUGUAAAAAGGAAAAAGGAAAUUUCAUAGCUUAUUCCAGGUGAAGUUUAAAAUGUCUAAUCAUGUCUGUUGUAUGGGUAGGUUUUUUAGUAAAUUUUUUUUAUAGUAACUGUUAUACGAUGGAAUUUGGUGACCCACUCUUGAGAGAUUUGUUUUCCACCUGGUAUUUUAUGUAAGAUGAUUGCUAAAGUAUUGUACUAGUGUUCACUGAGUCAUAUUACUGAAAGUUAAUAAUUAUAAAUAGGUGGUUUUAAUUCUAACAUGUUGAACUCCCCAAAAGAUUUGUUUAUAUUGUUAUUCUUAGGAAAAAACAUUAAAAUUCAGUGGAUCAGAAUAUCAGGCUUUCAGAUGCAAAUUGCUUUGCUGGUUUUUAU